GUAUAUUUGAUACAAACGGUAAAAUUUAACUGAAAACAAAAACGAUCAGUAGUAUAAAAUGGCUGUUUUAGGCUCGCCUAUAAAUGCAUCAAAUUCUAUUCAGAUGUAUGAGAGAUUGGAAGAGGAAAGUAAAUCGGACUAUGGCCGCAAUUAUGAUACUUUAAAAAAUGCACAGAUCGUAGAAAAUUCUAGGGAAAAGAGCGCACACAGCAAGAUAAAGAAACAUAAUAAAAGGGAAACUGAAGAAAGCGUUCCUUAUGAAAGACUUAAUAGUAAACAUAGUCAAUGCCAAAACGUAUAUGAUACAUUACAAAAUAAACAGAAAGGAGAGUAUUUCGCACAACAAAAUUCCAUGAGCAAAGCUUGUGGUAAAAUAGCACAAACCGACAAGAAAUUUGAAGAGACUCCAGGUUAUGAAACGUUAAAUAGCGCACGUGAUCAAAACAAGUCAUAUGAUAUCUUAAAAAAAUCACAGAGUGGAGACUAUUCCCGAACACAAAGCGUUGAACGGAAAGAAAGAAGACAAGCAGAACUUAUUUUAGAAAUAAACAGUACUUUCCAUGCGUCACAAAAGUCUGAGCAUUCAUAUUGUAGCCCUUUACAUGACAUGGACAACAUUGAUCUUGAACAAGAACGAAGUUAUGCGUAUGCUUCAUUUCCAAGUAAUUCUCAAAAUAAAAAAGACAAGAAUGGUAAAACUGUAAAACAUCAAACAAGAAAGCAUAUCGCAUCUUUUCUGAUCGGCUUUAUAUUUGGUGGUGUUGUAUUUGGAAUAAUAGUCUUCGCUGUACUCAAAAUCCAAAAUCAAGAUGCUGAUAAUGGGAACUGUAUAUUUCCAGGCAAUGGGACGAGUAAUGAGUCAUCAUGUGUAUGGACAGUAUGGACACAAUGGUCGGAUUGUAGUGUUUUAUGCGGAAAUGGCACACAACAUAGGAACAGGCAACAUAAUGGUGGCACAGAAGGAUGUUUACCCAGAACUGAAAAUCAAACUAAAAGUUGCAAUCUUGGUGGCAUUGGAUGUCAAGGGACGGUUAAUAAGUCAUCAUGUGUAUUGACAGCAUGGACACAAUGGUCGGAUUGUAGUGUUUUAUGCGGAAAUGGCACACAACAUAGGAACAGGCAACAUAAUGGUGGCACAGAAGGAUGUUUACCCAGAACUGAAAAUCAAACUAAAAGUUGCAAUCUUGGUGGCAUUGAAUGUCAAGGGACGGGUAAUAAGUCAUCAUGUGUAUUGACAGCAUGGACACAGUGGUCGGAAUGUAGUGUUUCAUGCGGAAAUGGCACACAACAUAGGAACAGGCAACAUAAUGGUGGCACAGAAGGAUGUUUACCCAGAACUGAAAAUCAAACUAAAAGUUGCAAUCUUGGUGGCAUUGGAUGUCAAGCACCAGCUAUUGACAUGCAUUUUGACCCAGCUACUCUUAAUUCUGAAUGUUUUUUGUCAAUCGAUAACAGAAUCUUGAGCAAUAGACAUCAUUCAUCACAAACACCAAAACGGUCUUCUGAAGGAGAUAAGUCUUUGAAAAAGUACAGUGGUGUAAUCGCAAAUCGCUGCUUUGGAGUAAAGAAGAAAGUUUGGUUCAAAGUUGCCUACACAUAUACCAUUGAAAGACUUUUAUCAUUCACCAAUUUGAUAUUAGAGGUUGGACUUGCAGAUCGGAAUGAAAUAGACAAUCAUUAUUUCGUUGGAAAUGUGCAGACAAAAGGUUGGUCUUUUGCUCUUGCCAGAUGCGGAGAGGAUAAUGAUGACGUGUGCUUACGUUCAAAACACAGGGAAAACUUGCUCGACAAUAUCUUUUUUAGUCGUAAUAUUAUCGGGCUGCACAAAAAUGGUACUUUUGACUUGGUUUUAGACAGACAAAAUAAUACGUUCCAGUUACAAGAUUUGAGUGCUACGCAUUCAAAUAUUUCUUUCGAAAAUGUUGUCUCUGUAAAUGAACUAUGUCCUGUAUUUGGAGUUUAUGGUAGUAAUAUGCUCGACGUUCAAAUCCAAAUUUUAGACAGUAAAGAUCUCACAAACUCAUAAGUUCAGCCAUGGAUAUAUAUAUAUGCACCUUAUGGCUAUUUAUAAAUUGAAGAAAAUAAAAUAAAAGAAAUGUUAUAUAAAUCAAAACAGGAAAUAAGUCUAAGAUAUGAAAAACUAUAAUUUGCCUUUUUAUUAUUGCUAAGAACAAAUUCUUUUCUAAUAUGACAUAGUCGAAUAUUAACCAGCUUUUUGUAGAAUAAUUAUAAUAACAACCUAUUGUAAAAGCUCCAAACUCGAACAUGUUUUUGCAAGCAAUUGAAAGAAAAAUUGUAAAUAAAGACAAUGUCAUACAACAUGUUUAUUUAGAGGCAAACCAGUAACAGUGUGGACGACACCAAUACUUAUGUUCUUAAUAA